AUGGACUCGCCGUCUCCCAGCACCGCGCCCUGCACGCGAAGCUUGGCCGUCAGCGCCGGUAUCGAGCACCAGGUCUUCGACCGUGCCCUCCCGGAUCGUGAGGUUGGGCUGGGCGUCGAGCGCCGCCUGCAUGGCCGCGCGGUAGAGCGCGCGGUCCUGCUGCGCCCGGGGCCCGCGCACCGCCGGGCCCUUGCUGCGAUUGAGCACGCGGAACUGAAUGCCCGCCCCGUCGGCGAUGCGGCCCAUCAGCCCGUCGAGCGCAUCCACCUCCCGCACGAGCGUGCCCUUGGCGAGCCCGCCGAUCGCUGGAUUGCACGACAUCGCGCCGAUGGUUUCGCGCUUCUGGGUAAUGAGCAGGGCCGCCGCUCCGACGCGCGCCGCCGCCGCCGCGGCCUCGCAGCCCGCGUGGCCGCCCCCGAUCACGAUGACAUCGAAACGCUCGCGGCCCAUGGCCGCCCUCCCGGCCGCCCGGUCUGCGGCCUGGCUCAUUCAGACGGCGCUCCCUAUAGGGCAGACGCCUCCGCUCGUAAAGCACCAAGCACGCGUGUGCCCUGCUACUUUCCAAUGCAGAAGUCGCGGAAGACGAGGUCGAGCACGGCCUCGACAUCGACGCGGCCGGUGAUGCGGCCGAGCGCGUGCGCCGCGAGCCGGAGCUCCUCGGCAAGCCGCUCGUCGGCCGGCCCCGCGAGGGCACGCGUCAGCGCAUCGCGGCUCUCCACGACGGCCUGCCGAUGCCGGAUGCGGGUGAGCACUGGCGCGCCGCCUGCCGGGUAUCGUCGCGCGAUUUCCGCCACGAGCGUCUCCAGCAGCGCCUCGAUGCCGGCGCCGGUGAGGCACGAGACUCCAAGCGCCGCGUGUCUAUCAAUGCGAUCGGGUACGGGGCUCGAGAGGAGGUCGGUCUUGUUCAGAACCGCCAGCGCGUCGUCGCCCAGCAUCGCAAGGCUCGCUGCGUCGGCUUCCGGCCAGAGAGCGCCGUCGAAGACGACCAGCGAGAGAUCGGCGCUCGCUGCACGGUCGAGCGCGCGGCGCACGCCUUCGCUCUCGAUCUCGUCGCUGCUCUCGCGCAAGCCGGCGGUGUCGGCGAGGGUGAUAGGCCAGCCCGCGAGGUCGAGACGGACCUCGACCACGUCGCGGGUGGUGCCGGCGCGGGUCGAGACGAUGGCUGCGUCUCGUCCCGCCAAGCGAUUGAGAAGACUGGAUUUUCCGGCAUUGGGUGCGCCCACGAUGGCGAUGGCGAAGCCUUCGCGCAGGCGCUCGCCUCGCCGGGAAUCGUCGAGGUGGGCCGCGAUCUCGGCUUCCAGCGCCGCGAGGUCCGGAGCCGCCGCCGCCAUGGGGUCCUCGCCUAAGUCCUGGUCCGAGAAAUCGAUGGCGGCUUCGACAUGCGCCCUCAACGCCAUCAGCCGGUCGCGCCAGCCUUCGUAG